CCCGUCCCCUCCCCUCGGCCAGUGCCUAGCGGCGCUCCUCGACGGCCGAGGUGGGGGGCUGCCGCCGCGGCCGCCGCUGCUCUGCUGCGCCUGCCUUCCUGCCUCGCCCCCCGCCCGAACCGGCCGGCCGGGCCCGCUCCUGCUCCUCCCCGGCGAUGAGCGCUCGGGCUGCUGUCGCGGCUGGUGCAGUGACCAGAGCGGCGCGCACGGAGGCGGCGACGGCUCGUCAGGCGGAGGAGCGCACGAGCGCAGCGGCUGCAGCAGCCCGGACGCAUGGAGGGGCCGGGAGGGGCCGCCACCCCGGAGCUGAUUAAAGGGGCCCAAACGCCAGAGCGGCUGGCCCCCAUUAUUGUACCCAUACAUGGACUGGUGGAAGAGCCCCACAGCCCCCCUGCUGAGGAAGAAGGAGGGAUCCCAAUCCCCACUUCCGGGCUGCUGCAGGUUGCGGAACGCAGGCAACCUUUGAGCAGCGUCUCCUCCCUCGAGGUGCACUUUGACCUUCUGGACCUAACUGAGCUUACAGACAUGUCUGACCAGGAGCUGGCGGAGGUCUUUGCUGACUCCGAUGAUGAGAACACAGGCAAUGAAUCCCCUGCUGUGCACAAGAGUGAGUCUAUGAGGCCCAAUUCUUGCAGCGUAAUCUUAUCCAUCUCUAGCCAGAGGUAAGUCCCACUGAGUUCUAUGGUGCUUACUCCCAGUUAAGUGGGAACAGGAUUGCAAACAGAGUAAGAUGCUUUUAAUCAGCUAGGCAAGAUCUAGGGCACAAAGACUAGGGCAGUGGCGGGGAAAAGAGUGCCUGGCAACUGCCUUGUGGGGCUUGCACAUCACUCCAGGCAGAGCUGCUGCGGCAGAAAGGUCACCUGAGCCAAUCAACCCCACCUGUGAUGAUAAGGAACCUAAGCAUGGAGUGACAGUGUGAAAUCUGCUUAAUCAAGCAUGCCGGUAGGGGUGUGUGUGCGCCUCAUUAAGCAGCCCAGCUGUGCCAAGAGUCUCAGAAAACAGAUAGCAUUUGACAGGUGUCUCAGAAAGGGAGACACUUUGGCUUAGAGGAUGUUCUCUUUGAUUGUGGAAAAUAUCAAGCUUCUCCCUGGGGCAAGCUGGUUCUCCUCUGAGUGAUGAUGUCCUCAUUAUCUGCUUGAGGAUGAUGCGCAAGCUAUUGCUCUAGGGAGGGCUUGUGCACUGUGGGGGGGGGGGAGGGAGGGCUCCUCCAUCCCAUGAUUCCAGGCCCUCUUCUCCUGCCCCUCCCAGAGCAAUGGCACGAUGAGCAGCUGUGCUGAGAGGGGUAUGAAGAGGGUGUCUGCGAUGGUGCCUGCAGAGGCAGCAGCUGCAUCCCAGUGACACAGAUGGAGUGGAAAUGCAGAUCAGCCUCCUUGGUGGGGAAGUGUGAGUGGAAUUAAUGAGGAGAGUUCCCUGCACUCUCGGCAGACAAGAAGAGGCAGGGAGGGAAAUCCAGGCCGCAGGUCGGCUUUUUGAUUUGUUAUUAUUGGCCAUCAUGUGCAUGGAUCACACAGAAGGAGGCGAGCAGACUCUCAGGAGAUCUGCUAAAAACACCCAGUGGAUCCCACACCUCUGUUCUACUUCUUCACAGAAAAUGCGGGGCUCAAAGUCCUCCCUCUUUCAUUCGGAGGCUGCGUCUGGAAAGGGAGCUUCUUUGAUUUUGAGCAGGCCUUGCAAACUGUAUUGGCUGCACAGGCCGCAAGUUCAGCAAGGGAGACUCACGUGAGCUGCUCAUCAAGGCCCCAUGGAACUAGCUGGAUGUGUCCUUUGAUGUGGACACAGCUGGGAGCUGGCGUUGCGCAUGACCAGCUGCCCCUCGCCGGAGAGGGAGGACUUUGUGUUUCUCACUGAGAAUUUUAAGUUGGUUACUGUUUUAAUCUGCUUCUCUUCUGCUCUGCUGUUGUUUUAUCUGCUUUGGAUAUUUGUUUUGUUUUUAUUGUACAUUGCUUCAGAUAGCUGCCUUUGAGACCCAGUAUGUGGAAAGAUGGGUCAUAAAUUAAGGGCUCGUCCAAACUUGACUUGUAUUUUGAUUGCAUUGUGCCCUGAUUACCGUACUUUUCUGUCUAUAAGACGAGGGUCUUUAAUUUAAAAAUUAGCUUUAAAAUUAUCCCUCGUCUUAUACUUGGGUAGUGCAGAGUGGGGUUGGGUGACUGGUCGCAGCUGCGAGCAGGAGAUUCUCAGCGGCGAUAGUGCUGGUGAUUGGUGGCUGUGACAAGGGCUGCUGGCAAUUGGCCAUUUUCCAUUUUCGUAAUUUGGAGUCCCCCAAAAUAGGGGGCGUCUUAUACAUGGGGGCGUGUUAUACAUGGAAAAAUACAGUAAUUCCCCAGGGUCCGAGAGGUUUUCUCAUUGUUCUGCAGCUGUGCCUUUUGAAAAUCAGUUCUUACCCACUGAACUGGACCUUCGUAGAUGCAUAGAAAAUCCGAAGAGAGAUGUUGCUUACCAAGCUAUUGAGUCAAUGGGUACAAUGGAUUUUUCUCAAGAGACAGCCACAGAACAAUGGGGAAACUCUUAGACCUGGGGGAAUUAGUUGGUACACGAUGCAAUCAGAAUACGGGCAGACGAAAGUGUGGCUGAGCCCUGAUUUUUGCAAAAUCUCAAAGA